CGAAUGCAAAACAAAAAGAAGAACAGCAGCGCAGUUAUGUGUAUCGAUUCUGUACGUAUCACAGAGAAAGGUACUAAGAACUGAUUACGGAUGCAACUAACAUUAACGUUGAGCGGAUUACAGAUCCCGAAGUUACUUUGGGAGCUCCGACAAGAGAAGAUUAUAGAAUAUUUUCAAUGAAAAGGUUUGGACUGGACUGUUUGCAAUAUGUAAGUUACAGGCGAGCAGUGAAAGGAUUUGUCAGCCAGUUUGUUUGCCAACGAUGCGCCGUCAUUGGUUGCUGGUUGGUGCUUGUGGCUGGGUGCUACUUAUUCUUAUGUUUGUCAGCAAGUUCAUCAACUUCAGCUUCAGAAUACCAGACUACGCAGGGAGGUCAGAGAUAUUUGUUUGGACUUUGUCAUCUGUUACUACAAAACUUCCUUCAGUUGUGUGGCCGGAAAAGGGAGCAUCACAGCCAUAUAUAUUGUCUUCAGUUAGUCCCUCUGUGGUGGAACCCAUAGACUGGCACUUAGUGAACGAGAAGCGUUUGGAGCAGUUGUCAACAGUUUGCAGCAAUUCAUCUAUUUGGAACCUUACUCACACAACUGUGCGCAAGUUUGUCUUGGACCGCAUUUUUGUUUGUGACAAGCACAAGAUACUCUUCUGUCAGACACCCAAAGUUGGAAACACACAAUGGAAAAAGGUUCUCAUUGUCCUUAAUGGAAAGUUCUCCAAGGUUGAAGCUAUACCAGAGAACCUAGUUCAUGACCAUGAAAGAAAUGGCUUACCUCGCCUGUCUUCUAUGACUGACACAGAAAUCCAUCAAAGGUUGAAUUCCUAUUUCAAGUUCUUUAUUGUCAGAGACCCAUUUGAGCGCCUUAUAUCUGCUUUCAAGGACAAGUUUGUGAAGAACCCAAGAUUUGAACCCUGGUACAAACAUGACAUUGCCCCAGCCAUUGUUCGCAAAUAUCGCAGAAGCCACCACGAUGACAGCGAAAGUGUUGGUCUUCGGUUUGAGGAUUUUGUGCGUUACUUGGGUGACAAAACAGGCCGACAGCACUUGGACAGGCAGUUUGGUGACCACAUUAUUCACUGGCUGACAUAUGCUGAGCUUUGUGCUCCUUGUGAUAUUUCCUACAAUGUUGUGGGACACCAUGAAACUCUGGAGCUUGACGCUCCUUAUAUUUUAAAAUCUGCUGGAAUUGCUGGUCUGGUGUCUUACCCCAGUAUCCCACCAGGUAUAACACGCUACAACCGCACAAAAGUGGAACGCUACUUUUCUGGAAUCAGUCAACGAGACAUUCGCCGCCUUUAUGCUCGUUACCAGGGAGACUUCAGCUUGUUUGAUUACCCGAAACCUGCCUUCUUACUAAACUGAUGGAGAUUUCUUGUGAAUAUUUAGGAGUUUAUAGCUUACUUAAAAAUAGGGUGCCUAUUUGACCUACAUGAUGGAUGGAUGGAAUAUAUUUUUUUACACUAAUCUGAGACUACACAAUAAUUUAUUUACAUGUUGACAAAGUGACUUUGUCAAGGCACUUUAAACCAUAAUCUUCUUAACUGAAACAGUGCAUCAGAAAAGAUGAUAUUUUCAUUUUGUUUUUAAAUGUAUGAUUUGACAAAUUUUCACUUGUUUUAGAGUGCAAGUUUUCUGUUUACCAUAUAGUGAUUCCGUUGUGAUAUUACUUUACGAAUUUAAUUCAUUUCAGACAUUGGUCAAAUGUGGACUGUUUCCUUUUUUUUUUUCUUUGAUGCCUUUUUUUAACAAUAAACGAAAUGUUCUUUAUCGUGAAAUGCAAAAGUUUCUAUGGUUAGGGUUAUGAGGUGUAAACAUUGUUUCAAAAAGAUGUGCUCAAUAUUUACAGUUUGUGGCCAUGAAAGAAUAUCCCAUGUCCAAUAUAAAAGAGUUAAGAAACCAGGUACCCUGACUGAACACUUCGAGUGCAAUAAAAAAAAAGUGUGGUUAUGAAG